CUUACUUCAAUACACCCACAUUGAUCCAAACCCAUUCAUUUAAAGCCCAAUAUAGGCCCACCCAAACUGUCCAAUUUUCUCAUCAUUUCAUUUCAUCUUCAGCUUGCUCAACUGACAUCUCUCUCUAAAUCGAGCGACGACAGAUCAGUUCCAGUUCAGACUUUAGUCGUAUUAGUUGAAGAUGGCUAAAAUAGACACCGAGGAUCUUAGGAAAUUUGAGGAUGAAGAGACUCCUGUUAUGAAAACUCUAAAGGGGGCAGUCACGGGACUAGCAGCUGGCACUCUCUGGGGUACGAUUGUCGCCACCUGGCACGACGUGCCUCGUGUUGAGAGAAGAAUCGCACUUCCUGGUUUAAUCCGGACUCUGAAGAUGAUGGGUAAUCAUGGAGUCACAUUUGCUGCCAUAGGUGGGGUCUACAUUGGGGUCGAGCAGAUAGUGCAGAAAUUCAGGAUGAAAAGAGACUUUGUUAAUGGAGCUGUCGGUGGAUUUGUUGCUGGUGCAUCUAUUCUGGGUUUCAAAGGUAAAAGCAUAUCAACAGCCCUAUCUGCAGGAGCUGCACUUGCUGCAACAUCUGCUGCCAUUGAUAUCGGUGGUCAAACUACGAGAGUCGACACGGGCAAAGAAUACUAUCCUUAUACCCUCAAGAAAAGGCCUACUGUUGAGUAGCUCGGUUUUUGUUUGUGUUUAUUUCACUGUAAUCGUUUCGGAAGCUGUAAUGAACUUCUGGGUUGUACUUGAUGUUUAUCACUCUUUUUCAUUUUUGUUUCAUUUUUUUUUUCUUUUUCUUUUUUGCCCCAUUGCAGAUGGUGGGUGGAUUGCUUGAAUAAAUUUCAUGCACUUUUUCUAUUUAGGGUAUUCCAGAUGCUCUCUCUUUUCAUGCUUGAUGACUGUUAAAAGUUAAAACCUUUGGCAAAAAGGGAUUUUAUUUGCUUCUA